AUGAAUCUGGCAAUCUGGGAAGAAUCUAGAGGCAGACAGUUACAAGCCUUUCUCUGCUUCUUCCCAGCCAGGUCUCUAGACAAACUUUAUAACUUUGCUGAUUGCUCUGGACUCCACCUGAUAUUUGCUCUAAAUGCACUGCGUCGUAAUCCCAAUAACUCCUGGAACAGUUCUAGUGCCCUGAGUCUGUUGAAGUACAGCGCCAGUAAAAAGUACAACAUUUCUUGGGAACUGGGUAAUGAGCCAAAUAACUAUCGGACCAUGCGUGGCCGGGCAGUAAAUGGCAGCCAGUUGGGAAAAGAUUACAUCCAGCUGAAGAGCCUGUUACAACCCAUCCGGAUUUACUCCAGAGCCAGCUUGUAUGGCCCUAAUAUUGGGCGGCCCAGGAAGAACGUCAUCACCCUCCUAGACGGAUUCAUGAAGGUGGCAGGAAACACAGUGGAUGCAGUUACCUGGCAACAUUGCUACAUUGAUGGCCGGGUGGUCAAGGUGAUGGACUUCCUGAAAACUCGCCUAUUAGACACACUCUCUGACCAGAUUAGGAAAAUUCAGAAAGUGGUUAACACAUACACCCCAGGAAAGAAGAUUUGGCUUGAAGGUGUGGUGACCACCUCAGUUGGAGGCACAAACAAUCUGUCAGAUUCCUAUGCUGCAGGAUUCUUAUGGUUGAACACUUUAGGAAUGCUGGCCAAUCGGGGCAUUGAUGUUGUGAUUCGGCACUCAUUUUUUGACCAUGGAUACAAUCACCUCGUGGACCAGAAUUUUAACCCAUUACCAGACUACUGGCUCUCUCUCCUUUACAAGCGCCUGAUUGGCCCCAAAGUCUUGGCUGUGCAUGUGGCUGGGCUCCAGCGGAAGCCACGGCCAGGCCGAGUGAUCCGGGACAAACUAAGGAUUUAUGCUCACUGCACAAACCACCACAACCACAACUAUGUUCGAGGGUCCAUUACACUUUUUAUCAUCAACUUGCACCGAUCAAGAAAGAAAAUUAAACUGGCCGGGACUCUCAGGGACAAGCUUGUGCACCAGUACCUACUGCAGCCCUAUGGACAGGAGGGCCUGAAGUCCAAGUCAGUGCAGCUGAACGGGCAGCCCUUAGUGAUGGUGGACGAUGGGACCCUCCCGGAACUGAAGCCCCGCCCCCUGCGGGCCGGCCGGACAUUGGUCAUCCCUCCAGUCACCAUGGGCUUUUAUGUGGUCAAGAAUGUCAACGCUUUGGCCUGCCGCUACCGAUGAACUCCCUCACACUCACAAGUCGCCAGCAGGCCUGCUGGACUGCUUUCCACUCUUCUGCCCUAAUGGUAUCAGUAUUUUUCAGGCAUCUUCUGAGCAACAAACCAGUCUCUGCUGCCCCAUCCUGCUGGAAUCAACACUAACUUGCUCUCCAAAAAGACAAAUACCCUAGCAUGAGCUUAGCCUAGGUAGGUCACUUCUACCCCAAAGGAAAAUGUAGACCUCUUAAGCACGAAGGUAUGUGUGUAGAGCUGUAUGCACCCUCGUACAUGCACCAUGAGAACAAGCUGACAGUGCAUUUCCAGGACAAAUGAAAUAACUCCCCACAAUCCUGGUCACAUAGCAAAAUAACUACAGACCUUAGCCUGUGGCUGCUGCCCUUGGCAGAAGAUGAGAAAGGAAAAAAACCCGGUGGAC